UUAACAAACCACAAUUAAAGCUUCUUCUGCCGGAGGAGCUUAGACAUGGCCACCAUGUCCGCCACCGCCGCCCUCGGGAAUCUCAUCAACCUGCAUCACCGCCAUCUGAAAUCCGCCACCUUCCCAUCCGCCCACUCCUUCCCCUGUACCAACACUUCCGCCGCCGCCGGCAAGGUGAUUCCGCGAAUCAGCUGCAGCUCAGCCGCCACGGCAGCGUCCGCCGUCCAGGCUCAGCCGGCAUCGGACGCCUCACCAGAUCGCGUCUUCAACUUUGCGGCGGGCCCCGCCACUCUUCCCGUCAACGUCCUGAGGAAGGCCCAGGAUGAGCUCGUCGACUGGCGCGGAUCCGGCAUGUCGGUCAUGGAAAUGAGCCACCGUGGGAAGGAGUUCCUCUCGAUCAUACAGAAAGCCGAGGCGGAUCUGCGGGCUCUCCUCAACGUCCCGGAGGAUUACGCCGUGCUCUUCCUCCAGGGCGGCGCCACCACCCAAUUCGCCGCCGUUCCCCUCAACGUCUGCUCACCCGAAGACGCCGUCGAUUACAUCGUCACCGGAUCUUGGGGUGACAAGGCCUUCAAGGAGGUGGCCAAGUACUGCAAGCCCAAUCUAAUCUGGACCGGAAAACCCAACAAAUUCACAACAAUCCCUAACUUCGACGCCAUAGAACAGAGCCUGCACGCCAAGUGUUUGCAUAUAUGCGCCAAUGAAACCAUUCACGGAGUGGAAUUCAAGAACUACCCAACACCCAGAAACCCAUCCGCCUUUCUUGUUGCAGACAUGUCCUCCAAUUUCUGCUCCAAACCAGUCGAUGUCACCAAGUUUGGGAUCAUCUACGCCGGAGCCCAGAAGAAUGUGGGCCCUUCCGGCGUCACCAUUGUGAUCAUCCGCAAAGACUUGAUCGGAAACGCCCAAGAAAAGACGCCAGUAAUGCUGGAUUACAAGAUCCACUCAGAUAACAAUUCCCUCUACAACACUCCCCCUUGCUAUGGCAUUUACAUGUGCGGGUUGGUUUUUGAGGAUCUCUUGGCCCAGGGUGGGCUAGUAGAGGUGGAGAAGAAGAACAGGAAGAAAGCUGAGAUCUUGUAUGAUGCAAUAGAUUCAAGCAAUGGGUUCUACAAAUGCCCAGUUGAGAAAUCUGUGAGGUCACUGAUGAAUGUGCCCUUCACAUUGUGUGAACCAGAAUUGGAAGGCGAGUUCAUCAAGAAAGCUGCUGCUGAGAAGAUGGUGCAGCUCAAAGGGCAUAGAUCAGUUGGUGGGAUGAGGGCUUCCAUUUACAAUGCUAUGCCUUUGGCUGGGGUUGAAAAGCUUGUUGCUUUCAUGAAGGAUUUCAUGGCCAAACAUGGUUAAAAGUUACAUUGAGGUUCCUUUGACACCUAACCCCAGUGUCAUAAUAUGACACCGGGUGCGUUUGAGGAUUGACUCCAAAGUGGUUUCUAUCCACCCUCUAGCCACUCUAGAUCACCCACCAUACCCCAGCCCCCACGCGGAAGACUAAUUUGACAAUGGAUUGUCUCCCACACAAGGGCUGGGUAGAGGGUAGGAACCAUGGGCUUUAAUGGAGCAUGAUAUAGUCCUCAAAUGAAUCUUAUGUCAUAUUAAGACACUCAGGGUUAGGUGUCUAAAGAACCAAAUUCUAAAGGUUACUCUUUUUUACUAUUUACUCCUAUCAUGUUUCAAGCUUGUUUUUGGGUUAUUGAUUUUCUCUUUGUUUUUGUUUCUUAGGAUUUAUUUUACAGUUGUAAAAUUUUGAUUCCACUAUGUUAGAUGUUGGUCUGUGUAGGUGGGAAUAUGGGAAAGCUUCAAGUAGUGUUGAUGAUAAUAAUGAAAUCCAUUUUGUGUU